AAUGAUAAAGGAUUUUCAAAUGAAUAAUGAAGAAAUGAUCUCAUCAAAGGUAGCUGACCAGCAAGCUGAUGGCACGCCGUAGAAGGUGUCACUAUAAGUUAUCAUGUUAUCUAUAAUAUAAAUUAAUUUGCUAAAACUCAUAUCUCCAACAAAGUCAACUAGAACGAUUCUCGACCUGCUACAAAGUCAACUGAAGCCAUUGCUGUACAGUUUGCUAAAUAGAAAUAUGAUUCUUCAUUUAGCGAAAGAAGCGCAAUAUUGCAAACUCAAGCUUAAUCAAACAAACAAUUAAAAAUAACAUUAUUACAUAUAUGGCUGUCCUAUGAUACUCCUAUAGUCCUUCCACUAAAUGAAAAUUUCUCAACAUUUGCAAAAAACAAACAAAAUCUGAUUCAUCAAACAGAAGCUAGAAACUUACAUGGCCAAACAAGUGUUCAUCUUAGGUGGGCAGAGCAACAUGUCGGGCCGCGGCGGCGUCCACAAGGAUCAAUGGGACGGUGUCGUCCCACCGGAGUCCGCCGCCGAUGUCGACAUGAUCUUCCGCCUGAACGCCGGCCUGGAGUGGGAGGCGGCGCACGAGCCCCUCCACCAGGGGCUCGACGCCAACAGAACAUGCGGCGUGGGGCCCGGGCUGGCCUUCGCCAACGCGCUCAAGGAGCGCGUGGGCGUGGUGGGGCUGGUGCCGUGUGCGGUGGCGGGGACGCAGAUGAAGGAUUGGGCGCCGGGGGCAGAGCACUACGAGAGGAUGGUGAAGCGGGCCAAGGCGGCGGCGGCGCGCGGGGGGGAGAUCGCGGCGGUGCUGUGGUAUCAAGGGGAGAAAGACACCUUCUUGAAGGAGGAUGCUGAUUUGUAUAGAGACAAUGUUGAGAAGCUUAUUCUCAGCCUGCGUCAACAUCUCCAUUUGCCUUCUCUUCCUGUCAUCCUGGUUGCACUUGCAUCAGGAAGAGAGUACAUGGAGAAGGUGAGAGAUGCACAAAAAGGAAUUAAUCUGCCAAAUGUAGUAUGUGUGGACGCUUUGGGGUUGCCUCUUCAAGAAGACAAUCUUCAUAUCACAACUGAGGCCCAUAUUAAAUUGGGGCAUAUGAUGGCACACUCUUAUCUCACCCAUUUUCUCUCCCAAUAAAUUUCACCACUCCAAUAUCUGGCCAUUACAUCCCUCACAGAAUUGCCAAUGCUCUUUUCAAUUGUGUAUUCAUUUUCUUAUUAUAUCUUCUUCAUAUAAUAUAAUAUGACAUGAUGGUAUGAUUUUGUAUGUGAUUUGUAACAAUACAUAAAGUGUACAAUAUCCUAUGUUGUUGAUUUAUGUGGAAUAAAGAUGGUUUCUAAGGCACAA